GCGAGGAUGCAGGUACGAAUAUUUCGGUUAUUAAGCACAACGCAGUUUCAUUUCACAAGUAUUGAGAGGGACGCCCGUCCUCAAAGUCGACGUAUGCGCAGAUUACUCAAUGUGUAAUAUUAACCGUCGCAAAACCAUCAAAAACGAAAAGCUCCCUAAUAGACUGAGCAACUAGCCACCGCAAGCAAAACUAACACAACAAAAAUGGCAAAAAACGAGCUGUAUUUCGUUUACAACUUCAUCGAGAAACCUGUCGUGGUCCCUCCAUUUAGAUCCUACGUAGAGUCGUGGUUCCAGACGGUGCUCUACGUGAGAAAGAACCCACAGUUUCUGUCUACCCAGCUUCACCGAAACUUGAACCCGAAGGGGAAAUACCCCCUCGUGAACUAUGCUGCCUUUGACGGGACAGACUUUGAAGGCUUUGGCAAGCCAUCUGAAACCUGGGAUAACGUACGUAAAACAUCCGUGGGGUCGACUACUAUGCAUCCAGGCGGUUAUCUUGAGUUUGGGACCACCACUGGGAAACCUCUUGGCCCAUGGUUACCCAAGGAUGAUAAGACCACGUUCAUUGUGACUGCAUUUAAGGCAAGUGACGAGAAGGACACCAAACUCCAGGAGGCAUUCGAGAAAGAUUGGAAGGAAUCUUCAGGAACAAACUUCAUCCUCAAGAAUGCUUCCAAGGAGCUCGGCAUCUCUAACUGCAGCCUGUAUAAGAAGUUUACCGAGCGUCCCGGGUUGCUGUACGUCCUCAGAGCUGAGCUGACCGGGGCUGGAGUGGACUCUGAGCCGGCCAAGACCUUCCUGGCGCAACUCAAGGAGUUCAAGUAUCCGGACUACUUCGAGAGUGUGGACACGGAUCUCUUCAUGCCGGACCCAGGAAAUAUUCAAUUUCCUGAAAGUGGGAAGAAGGAACUUCCAGCAGGAUUCACAUGGAAGCCAUAGACAUAGCUUGGCAAGGAAACGCAGCAGCGGUCGAUUUCACUAAAAAUUUUAUAGGAUUAAUCUUAGGACUUAGGACGAGUAAAGUUCCGUAUCCAAAUACGUAGGACGCAUUGAACCCAUCCUAAGUUAGGACGGGUUUCUCGUCCACACUCGAGAUAGGAUUAAUUAUAGCGUUUCUCGGAAAUGGCUGUAUGAAUCAUAAGGUAGCUACUCUAGUACAAAUACCUCAGAAAGAUUUGUCUUUUUAAAUGUUUGCCUAUGGAAGAAUUAGAUUGAUUCGUUAAAUCUUGAACAAUCACAUUUUGGAAGAGAAAAUUGUAUGACAAUUUCUAGCUGUAAAUUUAGAAAUGAAUAACCAAAGGUGAAAAGAAUGAAAAAAAUUGUUCCUGAUCGUCAACCUUUUAAAAAUGCGUAGCAGUAGUUUUAAAUAGAAUUAAAGUAGACGUUGUUUUUCAAAAUGUACUGGAUAUAGGCCUACAACUUUGGUAAUUUUC